AUGGAGCCUGGCAAGGAAGGGCUGGCACCUCCCAGCUGGAGGAAGCAGGAGGAAGGGAAAGGGGAUAAACCAUAUGGAGUGCUUGCUUACCUGGAAAUGCUGGAAACACAAGCUCACCAGGAAGCUGUGGAGCAGGAGAAGAGGGAACAGCAGAAAGAGAAGUUGGCAAUGCUGAAAGCCAGAGUGCGGAAGCUGAGGCUCCAGAGGGAUAAGCUGCGGGAGAAAGUGGAUCUGCAGGAAAAGCAGCAACCUGGGAAAGAAGGAGUGGUGCCGGAUCCAGCCCAUCCCAUUGCUCCCAGGGAUGUUGUGGAGUGGAGGAUCAGGAACCUCCAGGCACUGCUGCAGCUGUUCUACCUCACAGGGAUCAGCGGGAAGCCGACCAGGCGAGGAGUUUGUUUCUCCCUCAGCACAGCUUACGAGGGAACCUACCUGGAUUCCUACCACCUGGAGCUGUGCACCAACCCUCAGGUGCAGAUCCUGAGGCAUUCCAUCCCCGUCUUCAUCCCUCUGGAACAGAUCUCCAAGAAGUACUUGCAGACGGAUAUCCGGCGCUUCCUGUCCCUCCUCUCCGACCACCUCAACGCCUACGCUGGGAGGAGGCACCAGGCAGAGCAGCUGGAGGAACACUUUUCAGACCAGAUUGAAGGAGCUCUGCAGAGAAAUUCCCUGUACAACCUCCUCAUCUUCAAUUACAACAUUCCAAGGAAUGCCCAGACCUUCCCAUUCCAGGCUCGGCUGCUCUAUGGAGAUCCAUGCUGCAGCCUUCCCACAGAAGUCACUGUGUCCUGCACACCGGAUGCUCCAGCCUCGCUGGUGGAGACAGCAGCGUCUCACUCGGAGAUGUUCCGCUGUGUGGCCCUGCACAAAGCCUUCCAGUCCUUCAACCCCUUGGAUGUCACCUCAUGA